GGGGGAGGAAGAGAGAAAAGAGAUAGAGAGAGGUGGGGGGAAAGGCGUUUCCACGCUUGGCCGCCGGCUUGCCGCUCACACUCGGCGUCGAGAGAAGUCACGACCGUCCUCAGCUCGGUGUGUACACGUCACGGCCGCUUUUCCCACGCUGAUGACGCCCCCCUCCCCUCGACCCUCUUCAUCAUCAUCACCAGCAUUGUGACAGUGAGGGACUGGACUUUAAAAAAAAAAAAAAAACCUCCCACCAACUCUGUCUUUCGUCUGACCCGGUUCCGACUCAGAUUAUUCCACGUCCUUCCUUCUUUACUUGGUCAGUUAUCCCAUUCUCCAUAGGGCGUUAAACACACCAUUAAUUGAACCAAUUGGAUUGGUUUGGCAUCCGUACUGCAUUAGAGGCCGUCCCAAGAUGGCGGCGGAGUACAGCUCUUUGCUUAGCGACCUGUCUGACAACAUCACCAACGAGGACCUGGAGCAGCUCAAGUCCGCAUGCAAGGAGGACAUCCCUGAGGACCAGAGCAACGUCAUCACGUCCUCCAAGGAAUGGUUCAGCUACCUGGAGAAGAACGACAAGCUGGCCCAGGACAACCUGUCCUACAUAGAGCACAUCUUUGAGAUUUCGCGGCGGCCCGACCUGCUAACUCGCGUCAUCGAGUACCGCACCACGGUGCUGAAGAUCUCCGAGGACGACGAGAUCGACACCAAGCUGACGCGCAUCCCCUCGGCCAAGAAGUACAAAGACAUUAUUCGCCAGCCAUCUGAAGACGAGAUCAUCAAGUUGGCUCCUCCCCCCAAAAAGGCGUGAAGUCAGCUGCCCGGGAUCUUUUGCACCUACCGACUCCUUCACUCCUGGUUCGCCAGUCGACCAACCGACCGUCUGGUUCUGAUCAACGUAAACCCCACCCCUCCUUCUCUGCUCUUACACACACACACACACACACACACACACACACACACACACACUGACAAACCACUUAUAA